AAGAGAGCGAGAAGGGUAGAGAGACCUUGAUAGAGACCCGAAAGAGAGUGGAGAGUGAAGGAGGCUGCAGACUUUCCAACCAGAGAGGAAGAGGAGAGAGGAGGAAGAAGAGACAGAGAGAUAGAGGAGUCUCCAUCUUCGCCAUUUCAAUCAUGACUCUAGAAGAGGAGGUCUGAAAGUAAAGACUCUAUAAAGACUCUUCAGCUACGAGACCAGCAGCAGUAGCUCGAGGUGGUGCCACACCGAGCUCCGACCAGAUGGAGGUGAAUGCAGUUGAAAAACGCCAUCGAACACGAUCCAAAGGAGUCCGAGCAGUAACACAGGAGUUAUUCAGCUGUCCCACCCCAGGCUGUGAUGGCAGCGGUCACGUCAGCGGGAAGUACGCCAGACACCGCAGUGUCUACGGCUGCCCGCUGGCCAAGAAGAGGAAGGCUCUGGAAAAACAGCCGCUGGAGCCGGCUGCCAAGAGGAGGCCCUUCCUCACCUCCUGCCCGGGUGAGGAGGAGGAGGAGGAGGAGGAGGAGGAGGGCGUUGGCUCUUACACCAACUAUGAUAACGAAGCCAUGGAGGUAGGGGAGGAGGGGAAGGAGCAGGGGGAAGUAAUAGAGGAGGAGGAGGAAGAAGAAGAGGAAGGGGAGAGAGGAGAUGAGGAAGAAGACGGAGACGUCGAGGACGAGUUCUCGGAAGACAACGAGGAGCAAGGGGAAGAGGAGGAGGAGGAGGAGGAAGAGGAAGAAGAGGAGGAGGAGGUAGAGGUGGAGAGGGCCGACGCGACGAUGGGAGGAGAGCGGGCCGAGAUGGAAGCCGGGAUGGACGAGGAGGAGGAGGAAGUGGAAGACGGGGAUGGUGAUGACGAGGAGGAGCAGGAGGAUGAGGUAGAGGAAGACGAGCAAGAGGAGGAUGAAGAGGAAGAGGAGGAGCAGAAUCGUCAGCAGGAGAACCACUACAAACCCAGUGGACAAUCAAAGCUCAUUCCAAUUCAAAAGGACGACAACAACAACAGCUGCACCAUCAGCGCCGGCAACGGCACCGGAGAGGAUUACGAGAACUACGACGAGUUGGUCGCCAAGUCGCUGCUCAACCUGGGCAAGAUCGCAGAAGACGCCGCCUACCAGGCCAUGACCGAGUCCGAGAUGAACAGCAACUCUUCCAACAGCGCCGGGGAGGACGAAGACGACGAGGAGGACGAUGGCAGCGAGCAAGGCGACAGAAAAGGCGAACUGAGCGUGGACCUGGACAGCGACGUGGUCAGGGAGACGGUGGACUCCCUGAAGCUUCUGGCGCAGGGCCACGGCGCCAUGCUACCUGAGGACGGUUACCCGGAAGGCGCCAUGGUGGAAGACGGCUGCCACGCCAACGGGCGGCCCGGCGUUGGGGUCAGAGUUCAGGGAGACGAAAGCGAGGAGGAGGUGUGUCUCAGCAGUCUGGAGUGUCUGAGGAAUCAGUGCUUUGAUCUGGCUCGGAAACUGAGCGAGACGCAGCCGUCCGAUCGCCCCGCCCUGCACGCCCUCCAUCACCAACAACAAAACCCAAUGGACCCGCAGAUGGUGCAUCACCUGAACAGGUAUGACAGCUGCCUGCAGGGUAUGCCAGAUGAGCCCAGGUGCCUGGAGCGCAGCUACUCCGACAUGGCGAACUUGAUGAAACUAGAGGAGCAGCUGAGUCCGGCGUCCAGAGGUUAUCCGACCAGCUGCAGCCAAGAAGGCGACGAAGACACGACAUCGGUGGCCUCCGACCGCUCGGACGAGACCUUCGACAUGGCCAAGGGAAACCUGUCGCUGCUUGAGAAGGCCAUCGCCCUGGAAUCAGAGAGGGCCAAGGUCAUGAGGGACCGGAUGGCCUCGGAGCAUACGAUGCCCCGGCGGGAUCACCAUCAUCAUCGCGGCCACGGCGAACAUAACCCGAGGCUGAGCACCACCGCCGAAGAGCGCAAGUCCAGAAUGCAUCACGACGGGUUGAAGAGGGCGUACUACCCUAAAGAUUCCUCCAGGGGCGAGAAGAAGGAGAGCAAGUGUCCGACGCCAGGCUGCGACGGGACAGGUCACGUGACGGGUCUGUACCCGCACCACCGCAGCCUGUCCGGGUGUCCUCACAAAGACCGAGUCCCGCCUGAGAUCCUUGCCAUGUAUGAAAAUGUUUUAAAGUGCCCUACUCCUGGCUGUUCUGGACGGGGUCAUGUCAAUAGCAACAGGAACUCUCAUCGCAGUCUGUCCGGCUGUCCCAUUGCUGCCGCAGAGAAGAUGGCGAAGGUCCACGAGAAGAGCCACACGACUGACAGCGGCAGUAAGACCAAUCAGACGUCAGAUCGUGUACUCAGGCCAAUGUGUUUCGUUAAGCAGCUGGAGAUCCCUCAGUGUGGCUACAAGAACAACGUUCCCACCAGCACGCCGCGGUCCAACCUGGCCAAGGAGCUGGAGAAAUACUCCAAGACCAGCUAUGACUACAGCAGCUACGAUGGCCAGCAUGGCGGCUACGGAAAGAGAGGCCCAACAACCAAGUCCCACCACGGGCGGGACACCUCCCCGAAGGGAUACGAUGCUAAGCGCUACUGUAAGAGCCCGGCCAGCAGCACGACCAGCAGCUACGCUCCCAGCAGCAGCAGCAGCCUGAGCUGUGGAGGGGGAGGAGGUGGAGGAGGAGGGGAAGGUGGAGGGGGUGGAGGAGGAAGCAGUGCCAGCAGCACCUGCAGUAAGAGCAGCUUCGACUACACCCACGACAUGGAGGCGGCUCACAUGGCGGCCACCGCCAUCCUCAACCUGUCGACGAGGUGCCGGGAGCUCCCACACGCUCUGGGAGGGAAACCCCAGGACCUGCUGACACAGAGUCCGGUUGGCGACAUGGACGACAGCGGUGCGGUGGAGGUGGCCGGUCAGCCCGGCGGUCCAGAAGGCAGCGGGACGGUGUUGACCCCCCUGCAGCCGAUGUCGCCCCAGCGGCAGGCUCUGCUCAGCAGCCGCUGCUACCAGCUGAGCGAAGCCGACUGCUGGGAUCUGCCCGUCGACUACACCAAGAUCAAACGGCUGGGAGACGAGCAGGACCACAAAGAGAGCGACGAGUUGGAUCCCUUCCAGGAGCUGCUGGACGAGCAGCGCUACCCGGCCGAGGUGACCAUGCCCAGCCCCAAACACCACAAAUACCCGCCCUGCAAGGAGAGCAAGAAGGAGCUCAUCACGUUGUCGAGCUGCCAGCUGGCUGACAAGAACAUGCGUGGGAUGAUGACGGCCAACUCACAAGAACUCAAGUGUCCGACCCCCGGCUGUGACGGCUCAGGACACAUCACCGGAAACUACGCCUCCCACAGGAGUCUGUCCGGUUGUCCACGAGCCAAGAAGAGCGGCAUCAAAAUCCUCCACAGCAAAGAGGACAAAGACGACCAGGAGCCAAUCAAGUGUCCGGUCCCGGGCUGUGACGGACAGGGUCAUGUGACGGGGAAGUACGCCUCUCAUCGCAGCGCAUCAGGCUGCCCCCUGGCGGCCAAGAGGCAGAAGGACAGCUACGUCAACGGCUCGCAGUUUGUCUGGAAAUCUGGCAAGACAGACGGCAUGACCUGCCCGACCCCGGGCUGUGACGGUUCAGGACAUGUCAGUGGGAGCUUCCUGACCCAUCGGAGUCUCUCCGGUUGUCCCCGUGCUACCUCGGCCAUGAAGAAGGCCAGGAUGAGCGGCGUGGAGAUGCUGACAAUCAAGCAAAGGGCGAGCAAAGGCAUCGAAAACGAUGAAGAAAUAAAACAGCUGGAUGAAGAAAUCAAAGAUCUGAACGAGUCCAACAACCAAGUGGAGUCAGACAUGAUAAAACUGAGGACACAAAUAACCACCAUGGAGACCAACCUGAAGUCCAUCGAGGAGGAGAACAAGGUGAUCGAGCAGCAGAACGACUCGCUGCUGCACGAGCUGGCGAACCUCAGCCAGUCGCUCAUCAACAGCUUAGCCAACAUCCAGCUUCCACACAUGAGACCGCUGCCACAGAAAGAGGCCCCAGUAAAGCAUAACUGCUGUUUGCAGAUGCCUCCCAGAGAGCCAAUGAAUGAACAGAACUUUGACACAUAUGUGAGUACAUUGACAGACAUGUACACCCACCAGGACCAGUACCAGAGCCCGGAGAACAAGGCGCUGUUGGAGAACAUCAAACAGGCUGUUCAGGGCAUCCAGGUCUAGCCCUGACCGAGGCCAAAAUAACAAAUGCAAAGCAAAAACAACAACAACAACUAAAAAAAAAAGUCAAAUAGAGGGGAAUGGGUUGUUUUUUGCUGCUGUAAUCUACCAUACUUCUUUUAUUUCUUCUGCUGUAAUGCUCUCAACUCCAUGGGUAUCUCUUUUUUUAUUAUUUUGAUUGUUGUUGCCUUGCUUUGAAAAACAAAUUACCAAUGUUUUAAACGAACAUUCACGUUUUGUACAUUUUCAUAUGACCUAAUAUAAUGUGAUGUACUGUUUAUAGCUGCUAAUGUAUGCACAUUCUAGUGUAUAUGUAUGUAUUUAUUUAUUGUAAGCUUGAAUCAUUUCUUAUUUUAAUGCGAUUUACAUGCAUCGAAUAUAACUGGGCGUCACGGGUUUAACAGGGAGCAGAGUGGCGUGGGGAACGUGAAGAGCAAUCACUUUUUGGGAAGGCGUUUCUCACGAGCUGUAAAGCUGGAGGUUGUUAAAUGGAUGUAAAUUCAUUGAUUUUUUUGUAAUGUUUGAAAGUGGAACGUGUGGACACUAAUGUUAUUGUAAAUCUUUAGCUAAAAAUUAUGAGAAGAACCAAUGCUACAAACAAGAAGAUCUCAAACAUCAUGACACGGAAACUUACUGGUGCAAAUCCCAUCAUCCCCCUACGGAGUUGUUUGGUUUUAAACUGUCCUGUUCUUUCGCUGUUCUUUGUUCGUGCAAAGAAAAAAAGCGGGAAAGACCAAUGGCUACAGAAAAUGUAGGAGACAAUCUGCCAUUCUGAAUUAAUUUUAAAUCAUCAACCUUGACUAGCUAAUAGGGACAGCGUGUCAGCAAUAUUGGUAUGAUAAUAUUAAACCGUUUGUUUAGAUAUGCGAUGCAAUCUAUAUUAAAAACAAGUUUGGGUAUAUGCAAUUUCUUAUGAAUAAAACUAGCAAAGAGCUGAUAGAUCUUUUUACUAAAUGUAUUGCGUUUUGUAUAAACCUUUUACUACAAUCAUGUUUUAGGAAUCUGACGCGGGUGAAAGGACUUUGGUUCUGUCAUGUUUGACUUUGCACAGGGACACCUUUGUUUCCAUGUUUUGAUGUUUUUAUUGUCGAUUAAGAGGCGCUUGGCAGGCGAAAAAAGAUUUGUAGAUAUGAUUUUUCUUUCUAAAGGCUGACGGCUCCGCUGGACUUACAGGGUCAAACGUCCCCAUCUGUCAUUGUGUAUAUUGCACUCGUUCUGUAGAAAACGUCUUUCCAGUCAUGCAUUUAAUUGUCUGAGCCACAAUGGGACAUGAUGCCAGAUGACAUGAUGACCAAGCAGCGCUUUUUUUUUUUUUUUUUUUUAAAUUAUCUUUGAUUGUUAUUGAAAAGAUGAAUGAAAACUAGAGCCAGCAGUUGUAAAGCGAUGUCUGUGCACUGAAUUUACUGACUGAGUAUUUGAUCUGAAUCAGCCUUACGAUGACAUUCAGUCUGAAAUCACAGUACUGGUGGAGUAUGUUUUCUGAACACCGUCGAUCAUGCAUGCACUUUAUUGGAGUAUGUCAAAGUAUUAUCACGUGGUAAAUGAAGCAAAAACUGUACAGCGAGUUUGUGGAAACUGUGACUUCGACAAGACUUUGUGCUGGUGAUUCCUGUUUGAAAGCGACCUGGAGCAAAUCUCACUGAGUUGAUUUGUUAUUUAAAGGAAAACUCCCCCGCUGGUCCCCUCACAUCAUCAACCUCCUCCAACUCCAACAUUUAGUAAACCAGAAUGCAUUGUUGCGUUGAGAUAAAAUUUUGUUGAAAAGUGGAACUUUUACCUGUUUUUUUUUUGUUUUGUUUUAUUUUUUUAAAUUGGAUCCAGGCUUUUUUUUUCCAGAAAUGAGAGCUGCAACCAACAAAUAUUGCCAUUAUGGAUUCAUCUGUCAGUUAUUUUCUUGAUUAAUUGUUAUUUUUUUUAUAAAAUGUUAGAGAAUAGUAAAGAAUGACCAUUUUAAUUCACCGGAGUCAAAGGUGAUGCCUUCUGAUAUUCAGUUUUCUAUCAUAUAUGACAAAGUAAAGCAUUAAAUCCUCACAUUUGAUGUAGUAAAACUAGCAAAUUUUUGGCAUUUUUGCCUUAAAUAGUGACUAAAAUGCUUUACUAACAACCUAGAGUUACGGGGGAGGUGUUAAUAACGUAAAAUUUGUAUUUAUUUUCUGGAUAGACAGUGUUAGGAGCACUUCAAGAUUUGGUUUGACAUGAAACUCUCUUGGUUGAAUUAUUGGCUCUAGGUUCUUGGGUUAAAAGCUUGUGGACAUAAAAACUGAAGCGGAGACAUCAACUAUGGUUCACAAGUUGCAUUUUGGGAGGACGCAUCCAAUUACUAUGCUACAAAUUUAAUUACCCAUUUUGAAAAACUGCAGCUUAAAUUGAUUCAUGUACAGAUUCUGGGUCAAUGCUGGAUGAGUUUGGCAACUAUGACACUAUGCUGUGAUCCUAUCUGGCUUAAUCUCCAUAGCAACAAACGCCUAGGCUCAUGGUUAUCAUAGGAUUUAGAGCCCUCCAACAAACUUAUGGAAAAAAACCUGAUAAAACAUGCACUUAUAUUACCAUUACAUUGUCCAAGAGCCUCCUGUGAUUCUCCUGUGAGGAUAUGAUAGGAAGAAAAAAUUGAAAUGUGAGUUUACAGUGAGAAUUCAAGAGCUAAAAUUCAUCAGUCUGGUCAGGUGUCGGACCUCAACCUGCCUCUUCUAUUUCUAGUUCAGGUUUUGAUUUCCUGCAUUUUUCAGAAUGUAUUUCGAUAGCCUGCAAAGAAAUUGACCAAAAUAUUGUUACUUGCAGUGAAAUAAUACACAUGAUGGGUAUAAAUCCUGUUUAUUAGCCGAAUAAUCUGUAAACAAAGUGGUACGUCUUUCCUCUACUUAAAACUCAAACUUCUUCCUGUGUUGCUUUCUGCUCUAAUUUCUGACUUGUCUUUUCAGGAACAGUUUCUCCAUUUCUCUGGAUAAUUCACUGCAAACAAAUAGAGGGUCGUUCCAGUGAAAACUGUCCAGACUAUCCAGAGAAAAUGAGACAUGCUUGCUGGAAAAAAGUUGCUAUUAAAUUAUUUUAUGUAGUUUUUCAGUGCUGUGAGCACCACAAACUAAACUGCAUUUACCUACAUUGUAUUGGAGCGGAGGCAGAAAUCUCAAAGUAGAUAUCUUGCAUGACUAGAUACAACUAGGUAUGAGUGGAAAAUAUGAAAAUUAUGAACCUACCCUUUAAAAAGAUAACCAGUAUGUGCAGUAGCAAAUGCUUAGAUGAUAAUGCAUAGAUGCAUAGAUGCAUUAUACAUAAUCUUGUCCACAUUUCCCAAAAAUAUGCCUAAGAAGGUAUGAAAACAUGCCAGCUUGGGUUUGAAUUGCCCAUUUUCUCCCAGUGUACUCAUCCCAUAGCGCCAAUAAAGUGUUGGAACAAGCAGAUCAAGUAAAUAUAUGGAUAAUAUGAGACAUUGUGGAAAAGAUUUGACUUUCAUGUUGAAAAUCUAAAACCUAAACCAAAUCGUUACCAUUUCAUUGAUGAUUCUGAAGGUCUGACGGACAAAAACCUGCAGUUUGAUCUUUUUAGACAAACUAAACAUUUCUCCACUAUGAGUCUGGUUUUCCACAUGCAGGAGGAAACUGCUAACAGGGGGAGUUUUCCUUUAAACAUGUUUCUUCUUUGGACUUUUACUGCAAAGCCUCAUUCUCCGACAUCUCUUCCCAAAGCUUUGUGUCUGCAGCUUCCUGCCAGUAAACUACUGCAUUAGAUAGACUGACAGCUUGUACUUUUUUUAUUUAGUCAGUUAUUCUUACUGAUACAAAGGAAAUGGGAGUUAAAGCACAAUUCUGCCACUUAAAGACAGUCAAUAGACUAGAUAUUGUAAUAUCAGAUGUAAAAGCUAAACUGUAACUAUUUACAUAGAGAAUCUCAACACUAACAUGUGACAUGCUAGAAUGCAAAAGAAAUCCAUAUGAAUAUUUGUGAAAUCAUAAUGAAAAUAUUUCUUUUGAGCAGUGCAUUGAUAAGGGUUUUUAUACAUUGUUCAUUUUCUCUCCUUUAACCCUUUUUCUAUGUUACUUGCAAACUUUCAACAACAGUUUUCUUACCACAUGGCAUGGGUUUUGUUGAUAUUUUUGCUGUAUGUUUAAGGUCACGAGUUGCUACGUGAUAUUUUAAUUUGACUUGUGAAGUUUGUACAAUUUUUAUCAUGCUGGUGUUGGCAUCUCUUGCUCUGAAUAAAUCUUGUG